CAAAUCCUGGUACACCCGUUGAUGAGUCUUCGAGAGCUUAUCGUACGCAGCCCUCUCAUAUCUGGGUACACGGAGUUCCUUCAUCGCCUUACCGUCUCUCUUCGGGAGAUCUAUAUACACCACCGCUUCCUGCCCUUCGCAGUCUGCUCGGCU